AUGAAUUAUUAUCGUCAUCGUGACAAUUGUAGUUAUUGUACACCAGAACUUGCAGAAGUAAAACAACACGAAAUGGAAGAGAAACAACAACAACUUCGGGCUUUAGAUGAUAAACUGAAUUUAAGUCAACCAGCAGUGAAUUAUUUAUUGUCAACAGUUGUGGAUAUUUUACAUUCGUGUGUAUAUCCAGAAUUAAUUUCAAUACCUACUAAUCUAUCUAGUAGUAAAACACCACACGGACCUCAACAACACCAUAAACUAAUAGUCGAUUCGACUUUUAUUGCAAUUCCUGAACCCUAUGAUUCAGAGAAACGUAAAGUGUAUUAUCAUGCGAAAAGUUCAACAAAUUAUGCAUUGAAAGUUCAAAUAGCUUGCGAUUUUCGUCAUCGAAUAGUACACGUAUCAGAAUGUUAUCGUGGGAGUGUACAUGAUAUUACAAUUCUAAGAGAAUCAGAACUAUUAGAACAUGUAAACGACGCCGUUCAAAUUAUUGGUGACAAAGGAUACAUUGGUGAAGAAUACGUGGUGACUCCUAGAAAGAAGUCUCGUGGACGUGAAUUAACAGAUAAAGAUAAGGAUUUCAAUCAUGACAUUGAUAGUGCAAGAGCAGCUAUUGAAAAUAUUAAUUAA